AUGGGAUCACUGAGUAUCAACAUUCCUCACCUGAGGCGCAAUGAGAACUCCAAACAACUCAUAGUCAACGGACGCCCAUUCCUCAUACGAGCAGGCGAACUUCAAAACUCUUCCUUGACAUCAGUCGAGUACAUGGAGCCAGUUUGGCAGAAGAUGGUAGACACAAACAUCAACACUCUGCUAGGCUGCGUGACCUGGGAGAUGAUCGAGCCCGAAGAAGAUACUUUCGACUUUUCUGUUCUCGACGAGAUUAUCCUUGCAGCGCGAAAGCGUUCAUUGCAUCUUGUGUUGCUCUGGUUCGGCUCAUUCAAAAACGGGCUCUCGACAUACGUGCCAUCAUGGGUUAAGCAGAACCCGAAGCGAUUCCCUCGAGCGAAACUGCGCAAAGCUGGCGGUCGUCUUGAAACCGCUGAUGUUGUAUCACUCUUCCACCCAGAAUCUCGCAAGGCUGACGCCAAAGCGUUCGGCGCACUAAUGAAGCAUCUCCGGGAAUUGGAUGAGUCUCACUCCACUGUCAUCAUGGUUCAAGUUGAGAAUGAGAGUGGCUUGUUGGGCGACUCGCGUGAUGGGUCUGAAAUAGCUGAAAAGGCGUUUCGCCAACCUGUGCCACAGGAGCUCAUCGAGUUCCUCACUUCAAGCUGGGAAAACCUUCACGGAGAUAUCAAGAAGCACAACCUGGCCCACUUCGACCCUGCAGGACUUGAAGGCGGUGACUGGGAGACAGUCUUUGGAUCAAGUCCUCGUACCGAUGAACUGUUCAUGGCAUACCACUAUGCUCUCUACGUCAACCAAGUGGCGGGAGCUGGAAAAACACAAUAUCCCAUUCCGCACUACACCAAUAUGUGGAUGAACUACGCCGGAGACGAUACGGACAACGACUUCCCGGUUAUUGUAGGUGGGGGCGGUAUGCCAGGGGAUUAUCCCUCCGGUGGUGCCGUGAGCAACGUCAUGGAUGUCUGGAUGCAGUUUGCGCCCAACUUAGACUUCCUCGGUCCUGACAUCUAUCUCAACGAUUACGAAAGGUCCUGUGCAAAGUAUAGGCAUAGAAAUCAACCACUCUUUGUUCCGGAACAGCGACGCGAUGAGUAUGGCGCUCGGCGUAUGUGGAUUGCCUACGGAUCCUAUGCGGCGAUGGGUGUAGCUCCUUUUGGCGUUGAUACCAUAGAACCAGCCGACAAUCCCUUCACCAAGCACUACGGACUUCUCAAGUCAGUGUCGGCUAUUGUUCUUGAAGCUCAACGUCAGCCAAAUUCAUCUAUUGGCUUCUGCUUUGAUGAAAUACCGAACGGCGCAUCCAAAAAUAUCUCUCACCCCAUCAAGCGAAGCUGGGGAGAUUUCGACAUCACAAUUGAUCGAUGCUUCGUCUUUGGAAAACCAGGACCAGGGGCAGGCAUGGUUAUUCAUCGAGGGCCCGGUAAGUUCCUGUUGAUCGGCUGGGGAUUCCAUGUUAGUGCAAAGAGUUUAUUGAAGAAUACAACCUUCACGGGGAUCCUCAAAUUCGAGGAAAAGGCUGUGGAUGACGAGGAAACUGGUCGCUUGCGAACAGUGCGCGUCUUGAACGGGGAUGAGACUAGGAGUGGCAGCUUUGCCAUGAUGCCUGGCGAGGAUCCUGACUAUGGUGGCUUUCCUAUCUCUGUCACUGUCCCAGCGAGGACAAUGAUUGCCGAGGUCACCUUUUAUACCAUUUCCGAGUAGGUGAUGGAUCAUAAACACUGUUGAUCUUGUUAAACCCUCUAUUUAUGUAUCUGAAUGAUUAAUUCUCAGACUCCUUCUUUUGUCCUGCUAUGAUUUUUUAUCUCUUAAUUGCUGGUAUUUUCUUCCAUAGAAUACAUUUGCAUGUCAUCUAAAAUCAAGUCAUCAAUAUUAAAUGCAGUGUACCUCCCCUGUUCAGUCACCGCUUGAGUACGAGCUGAAAAACUAUCCAUGUCAAG